GUCGCCUGCUGUCUGUGAGUUGACUCUCUGUCUCCCCCGUCGCCGCUUCACCUACAGAGCAUACCUCGACCGGUGAGUUGACUGUGGGAUACCGAGACCUGGGCAUUGUCGUUAGGAGGGGGGAGACACCAGCGGCCUACGUAUACGAAAGCACACAUGACGGCCGAAAACGGGAGUGCGGAGGCGGUCGUGAAGUCGAACGAUGUCGCGAAAGCCGUGUGGGCGGAAAUCGUAAAGCUCCGAGACGAGAUACCGCCUCCCCCGGCCGGAGGGCUAUACCCUGACGACAAGGCGGCGAAGGCCUUCCAAGCCGCGGAUGCUGCCGUUGCCUCGCUCUGCGGCGUGCCCCGGGAGCAGAUGCUCGAGGGGUUCACCCAGCUCGUGGAAGGCUCCCGCUUGAACGAUCUGCUGAACGCGCUUGUCGCCAGCGAGGGCCACCCCGCGCUUCAGCACUCUUGCCUGAUGGUGCUGUGCGGCGUCGCCUCGCUCCAGCAGGCACACGUCGCCAUCACCGAGCGCCGAGACGUGCUGCAGGCGCUCCUGAAGGCCCUGGCCUCGCCGACAGCGCACCAGAUCAGCCCCGAGGGUUCCGUCGGGGAAGACGACCUGCAGAUCAACCCAAGCGUGGGGUCAGCGAUCUGUCUCAACAGCCUUCUGGUGUCGUGCGGAGGACUGGGAGAAGACACGAUCAAGGUGUGGCAGGAGCUCGACGCCCUGUCCGCCAUCACGUCGGCCCUCGAGUCCCACGCUGUCUUCGAGGGCGGCGGGGACGAAGACGUGCUGCCCGCAAUGCUAUUCGGCCUGGCCACGCCUCUCCUGACCAACUUCCAGCAGCAGCAGCGAGCCAGGCAGGAGCUGGAGCAGCAGCAAAAGCAGCAGCAGCAGGCCAGUGCAGCAUCAAAAGCAACACCGCCAGCAGGAGAGCAGGGAGGGGAAACGGCAACACCACCACCAGACACAGCCUCGAAGAAGGAAGGCGCCACCGCCGGCGCCGGCGCUGUCGUCGACGCAGAGGCCGACAAGGCCUCCAGAGCCGCGCGCCAGCGCCUGGCGGAGGCUUUCCUGCGCCUGCUCGCGGAGCGCCGGGAGUGGGUCGCGCGCAGCCUUGCCAUGGCGGCCAACGCCUCCCCGACCGACCUCUCGGGCGGCGGCGCCACGGCGGCCGCCCCCGUGACCAUCAACAACCUCCUGGUGAACUCCCUCGCCCACGCCGACCUUCUGGGUGCGUUCACGAGGCUGACACCCGUGCGGCUGAGGGCUCAGGCCGUGGCCGCGGCGCGGCAGUGCGAGACCGACGGGACGUUCGCCCCCGGGUUCGGCGCGCAGCUGGCGCAGCUUCUGGGGCUGGGCGGGCAGCAGGAGCUCAACCGGAGGAUGGCCGGCCGCACUGUUCAGAAGAUCAAAAACAAGGAGGCGGCGAGGGCGGCCAACAUCAUGUGCGCUAGGCCGGCUUGCGGGAAGCGGCAGGGGAACGCGAGCGGCGGCGCCAAGUUCAAGGUCUGCUCCCGCUGCCAGGUGGCGAUGUACUGCUCCGGCGAGUGCCAGAAGGCUCACUGGAAAACGCACAAGAUGGAGUGCAGGCAGAAGUAGUGACGCGAGCGGUAACGCCACCCUGGGGGGAUGUUGUCGGUGAGAAUUGCGCGAGGGAUAUGUACGGCGGUGGGCGGCGCUAUUACUGAUUACAGUAUUCGUUGGCCCUUGAAGCUGCUUGACCAGACGUUCAGUACUCGUGCGUGCGGUCGUACGUCAAAGCGCGUUUUGUUGAUGCUUUUGAGGGCGGUUUAAGGGCCUCAGCUGGCAAAGGGUUCCCCAGAGGUCCAUAAUAAGACCUAAUCCACCCGGAGUGUCGGACCGUUUGGGGCUCUUCGAUUGUAUCUUCGAAGAGUUCAUCCUCGCAGUCAUGGAAGACUACAUUCCAUAUGUAGCUGGAGUCACCAAGAACAACAACGGGUAUCGACGAGUUGUUGUGUCCAUUAAUAAUCCUUCUCCACCUUCGGCCCUUGAGGUGGGCCGGAUAGGGGCGGGAUGAACCGGCUGGGAAGGAAGCGAGAGUAAAAUGGGCAGCCAAGGUCUCACUCUCAGGACGCUUGUGAGGUGGUCGGGAUAGUGGUACUCGAGCAAGAGAGCACGCAGCAAAGCCCUGUUUCGACUCAGGGGUAGGUGCCCUACGAAAAGGCGUGGUCAAGCAGCGACCACUCAUUAUGGCCAGUACCCCCUUUUCCCGGGUAAGUGUUGAGCUCAUGUAAAACAGCAGUGGGUGCCUAUCCCAACCCCUGGCGGAUGGUUGUUGUUGUUGCUGAUGUCAAGUCACACUUUCGCGUCUGUCGGAGAGGAUCAUCCACAUCACCGGUACCGCAGGAUGUUAGGUGGCGUGUGCUGUGCGCCUUCGUGUGUAUGUGUUUCGUUGCGACGGGUGUAUACUAUUCACGGGUACAGUAGCGGAAUUUAGUUGUGUGAUGGGUAGAAGGGGGUGGAACUGUGCAUGGUUGUCUCCUUUUUUGUGAUGGUGCGUAGAGCAAAGUUCCUCCCUCUGUUUCUUAGAGCGUUCUGAUACAUGUCUCGCUGGCCGUCUGUGUGACGGCACACGGAGUCUGCUUUUCCUGUGGUCUGUCUAGAGCUGGGGGGAGUGUCCUACUUCUUAACCUUCGAAAUAGAAAAGAGUGUGCCCAAGACCACAAAGGGGCUACACCACUGCAAAAAAUCACAACCUGUGUGCAACUACCUGGUACUGCUGUACAGGGAUCGCAACCUUGUCCCUUUGGGCGCACUAGAUUUUCGAGAUCCUCAAAAGAGGUUAGCGUGCGAAGCAUGUACGCCCUCGGAGAUGUUGAUGUGGCCCGUAGGAGAAAGCAGCUCUGCUUGGUCUGAAAACAGCGAAUCGUCCCUGGCAGGCGUUAGGAGAUUUUACCCUUUCAUGAAGGGGAUUUCUACAUUGGUGUUUGGAGCUGAGGCUGUGCAUGACGGCAAUGUUUUUUUGUUGUUUGAAGAUUCUUGUUUUCCCGCUGCCGCAAUCGCCGGUCAUGACCUGUCCCCGAACACCUGGCCCUCGAGAUUCGUCAACAAGGUUCUCC